UAUUUCGAUCACCUUUGCAUCGUCUUUAUCUAUGCUUUGCAUCUUUAAUUGGACCGGAAAAAAAAAUACUCAAACAAAAUAAGUGCGGGUUUUUAUUCUUGUUAUUGUAGAAGUCUGCAAUAUGUUUUUUGUAUUUAUGUCUGGUUUAUGGCAAAAACACAACAGUCUCCAUCUACAGCCCAACGUACGCUUCAAUGGAGACUUUCUCUUACUAGCGAUGUCGGCCCAAAACCAGAAACCAAUUGUUUGCAGUUCAUUUCCUUAUUAUAAAAAAUAUCUCGGCACUUUAGACGCCUGUUCCACCGUAAAGAUCCGGGAGAUUGAUGCGAAUCUGGACAAUCAGGUGGAUGCACUGCAGUUUCAAACCACCAUUGAUCUUCCGGAAAAAAUGCCCAUUGAUGCCAUUAACAUCGUUCUUCUGUUAAACUAUACUUUACAGGAACCAUGUUACUUUCAAAUGGAAAGUGCGGUGAUUUAUCAAGAGACGAAUUUAAGGAACGUCUUCCAGUUAUCUUUGUAUGCUGAUCUGGGAUUGCAACAAUCAGAGUCAAUAAAAUGCUCAAAAAAUGGAUCAGCCAAUAUGAAUCUUCCUACUGGCAAUGCCCAUAAUUCUGAAGAUUAUAUGUUCGAUAAUUUUGUUGGAAAUUACGCAUCCAAGAAAAUAAAAACUACCCUCACAAAUCCGAUAACAACGUAUGGUUCAGUCAAAGCCACAUCUUUUGGACUUAAUCUAAAUCUCAAAUAUCCCAAACACAAAAUAUAUUACACGCCAAACCUAUGGCAGGUAUGCAAAUUUGCAUGGAUCCAAUAUAUAGCUAUUUACAUCAUAACAGCGUGGCUAGUAUCUAAAAUAGAAAGUUACAUAUUUAUGAACAAUUUGGUUCUUUUUUACAAGGAUAGAAAAUAAAUAAGUAAUUCCUAGAAAAA